AUGAGAACCACCAGACCUCAGCAGAAGAUGAAGUUCUACACUCUCGCUACUUUGCUCGUCGCCAGCGUUAGCGUUAGCGCAGCUCCUGCUCCACCAACGAUCUACUGUGGUGGUCUCUGGGGAGGAGGUAGUCCCGCCAACCCUAACCUACCUCUUGUUCACUGUCUUUACUCCCCAUCCCCAACAACACCGUCUGCUUGCUGUUUCCUUCUCGUGUCCAUCCCAACUUCGGUUAUCCCAACAGAUUGUGCUCAAGCACCCCGUACACUUCUGAAUGCUCCCAUAAAAGGGGGUCGUAGUUAG